AAUAAACAACGGGCACUGGCUCUCGCGAGAUUUACCAAAAAAUGGCUUGGAAUGCUUUGGAUUUUACGCCAUAAUUCGAUAAACAACAACAACUUUUAUAAAAGAUACCGCAGGGCAGGGUAUUGGUGAAUAUUUAUCAAUCACAGUGAGCCAUGAGGAUUGUCCAGUGUUUGCAGUCGAAGGCACUGCUGUGUGCAAGACUUCCUUGUAUCAUAGCAAACUCCAGAUCUGGAUUACAUUUAACUUCAUUUUCACUGCACAACAAUACAUUUAGGAUUAAUUACAGAGAAAAUGGUAGAUAUAGACAUGUUCUUCUACACUCACCAGCUGGUCUAAAUCAGCUGUUGUUAAAUUGGCGUGGUGUGAAAAGAGGCCAUUCUUACACAGGUUUUGGCCACAAAGAACAGCCUACAACAUCAAGAGACAAAUAUGCAUGGUUUUUAUUUUCCUUGAUGGUUGUUAUAAUAUUGUUUGGAGGAAGAAUGACGGAAGCUAUGGCAGCCUCUGACCCUGUGCAAAAUAGCAAUGGGGUGGGGGAGAAAUCUGAGGAGGAAGGGGGUGGGGAAAUACACAGAGAAAAGGACGGGGAUGGGGAUGGGAACUCUUCAGGGGAGGAGGAGGAAGAUGGAAAGAAGAAGGGAAAAAAGAAGCGCAUUGGUUUCCAUGACAAAAGGAUGAUAGAGUAUGAGAACCGUAUCCGAGCGUAUUCAACACCGGACAAGAUAUUCCGCUACUUUGCCACACUGAAGGUGAAUAACGAGCAUGGGGACUCGUCCAACUGGGAGGUGUAUAUGACGCCUGAGGACUUUGUGCGCUCCAUCACUCCCGGCAUGCUGCAACCUGAAGGUCUUGGUUUGGACCAGUUUAAGAAGUUUGAUCCACAGAAGGAUAACUUAAAGGCUUUGCUGGACAAGAUAGAGUUGGACAUUGAGCCGGACAGCAUCUUCUACAAGCUGGGGGAGUGUGGCCUCAUUGCUUUCUCCGACUACGUCUUUCUCCUUACCGUCCUCUCUACGCCACCCAGAAACUUUGAGAUAGCGUUUCGCAUGUUUGACAUCAAUGGAGAUGGGGAAGUGGAUCAUACAGAAUUUGCUAAGAUCAGUGACAUAUUGAGGAACCAGACAAGCGUAGGAAAACGUCACCGAGACCAUGCAGUUACAGGGAGCGUUGUCGGGGAGAUUGGGUCAGCACUUACACGCUACUUUUUCGGCCCUGACGGCAAAAAGAAGCUGACAGUUCAACAGUUUAUAGAGUUUCAACAGGAACUACAGCGUGAGGUCCUGAAGCUGGAGUUUCAUCGCUAUGAUCCUGAAGAUGGUCGGAUUUCGGAGAAGGACUUCGCUUCGUUACUUCUCACCUAUGCUGGCUUUCCCGACAAGAAGAAAACCCUUAUGACACGUAGAGUGAAAAAGGCUUACAAGGACGAUGAAAAUGGAAAGGGAAUCUCAUUUGAGGAGUAUGAGAACUUCUGGAAGUUUCUACAGAACAUCACUGAUGUGGAUACAGCCCUGAGUUUUUACCAUCUAGCCGGGGUUUCUAUCGACCAAGAGACCCUAAAGCAUGUUGCAAACACGGUCGUUGACGUCGACCUUUCAGAUCAUGUAUUGGAGGUUGUGUUCACGCUGUUUGAUGAAAAUGAGGAUGGUCAGCUGAGUAACCGUGAAUUUGUGUCUGUGAUGAAGCGUCGCCUCAUGCGGGGCCUCGAGAAGCCCAAGGACAUCGGGUUCACCAAGCUCCUCAACUCCGUGUGGACCUGUACCAAGAGUCAGACACGCAGCUUCUUUGAUUAGUGGGGAUAAUUGGCAUUUCAUUGGAUUUCAUGGCAAUUUUAAUUGAACUUCGAUUCAAAUUUAUGCUGUGGCAAUUAACCAGAUUUUAUGGCAUUUAGUUGAAUUUAAUGCCUGUUAUUUAUUUCUUGAUGUAAUGUAGUUUCAGGUACAUUUACAUGCACCCAGUGUUACUUUAACAUGUAGGCAAUACAAAUUGUGAAAUAACAUGUAAAUUGAUUCUCCAUUUUUAGGAUUGUUAUGUUACAGCAUAAAAUCACUUUGUUCUACACAAAGCCAUGUCUUUAUAUUGUUGUUUUAAAUUAUCAUUUACACAUAAUUUGCUUUUUGGAAGACACAAAUGUCCAAAUGUUUAAAACAUGAUUAGAAAUAGGACAAUAAUGCAUAUUAACAAAUGAAAUUUCUUGCUUUAGUAAUCAUGGUGU